AUGGAUGAAGGAAUCUAUAUUAAAUAAGGGAUUUUAAAUGAUGGAAUUGAAAUCUCUGAUUAGUAACAAAUAAACUAUUCUAAAUAGAAUAAUGUAAUCAAAUGUAAAUGAUGAAUCCCUAGAACACUUGUAUAAUUCCAUGGUUUAGUAUUAAUCAAGAAAUGGAUAGAGCGAUUAUUUUGUAAAUGAUUCUAAAAAGAAAAAACUCAACGAUCUUAGGUAUUAUAAUUGAUUUUUUAAGAAUGUUAUUAGAUUUUCCUUUUCAGAAGACAAAAAGAUCCUAGAAUUAGUUUAAUAAGUUGGUCCAAAUUUUAAUAAUAUUGUAAAAUAUUUUCCAGGAAAGACUAUGAAUAUGAUAAAAAAUAGAUAUUAUAAAAAGUUAAGAUACGUUAAGGAUGAUUAUUUGAAUGAAAAAGAGAAAGUUAGAGGUGUUCGAAAGUAAAGAAAGACGAACUGA